CGCCGCCGCUGAUUGGCUGCGGGGCUCAUAAGAAACCGGUGAAUGAGCGGCUGUGGCAGAAACUUGCCGGCGGUCUUCGGGUGGCAUCGCCCCUUCCCUGUCGCCAGUCCGCGGGCGGGCCGGGCCGGGCCGGGAUGCGGUCCUCCUGCGUGCUCCUCACCGCCCUGGUGGCGCUCGCCGCCUAUUACGUCUACAUCCCCCUGCCCGGCUCCGUGUCGGACCCCUGGAAGCUGAUGCUGCUGGACGCCACUUUCCGGAGCGCACAGCAAGUGAGCAACCUGAUCCACUACCUGGGACUGAGCCAUCAUCUGCUGGCGCUGAAUUUUAUCAUCCUAUCAUUUGGCAAGAAAAGCGCGUGGUCAACCCCGCAGGUGAAGGUGACGGACACCGACUUUGACGGCGUGGAGGUCAGAGUGUUCGAAGGCGCCCCAAAGCCUCAAGAGCCGCUGAAGCGCAGUGUGGUUUAUAUCCACGGAGGUGGCUGGGCCUUGGCAAGCGCAAAAAUCAGCUAUUACGAUGAGCUGUGUGCAGCAAUGGCUGAGGAGUUGAAUGCUGUCAUCGUCUCCAUUGAAUACCGCCUAGUUCCAAAGGUUUAUUUUCCUGCACAAAUCCAGGAUGUUGUACGUGCCACGAAAUAUUUCCUUCGACCAGAAGUCUUACAGAAAUAUUCGGUUGACCCAAGCAGAGUUGGCAUUUCUGGUGACAGUGCCGGGGGAAAUCUGGCCGCAGCCUUGAGCCAACAGUUUAAUCAAGAUGCUAACCUCAAAAACAAGCUCAAACUGCAAGCUUUAAUUUAUCCGGUUCUUCAAGCUUUAGAUUUUAACACGCCCUCUUACCAGCAAAAUAUGAACACCCCCAUCCUGCCCCGUUACGUCAUGGUCAAGUACUGGGUGGACUACUUCAAGGGCAACUAUGACUUUGUCCAGGCAAUGAUGGUUAACAAUCACACAUCACUUGAUGUGCAAGAGGCCGCUGCUCUCCGGGGCCGUCUAAACUGGACCUCGCUCUUACCUGCGUCCAUCACAAAGAACUACCAACCCGUCAUGCAGACCACCGGCAAUGCCAGGAUCAUCAAGGAGAUCCCUCAGCUACUGGACGCCCGUUCUGCCCCACUGAUUGCAGACCAGGAAGUCCUGCAACACCUCCCGAAGACGUACAUUCUGACGUGUGAGCAUGACGUCCUAAGGGACGAUGGAAUCAUGUAUGCAAAGCGUCUGGAGAGAGCCGGAGUGGAGGUGACCCUCGACCACUUUGAGGAUGGCUUCCAUGGAUGCAUGAUUUUCACCCGAUGGCCUACCAACUUCUCGGUGGGAAUCCGGACUAGGAAUAGUUACAUCAGGUGGCUGAAUGAAAACCUGUAAAGAAGUGACAUUUCUAGAAUGCUUGAGCCCCUCUUGACCUUCUGUACCUGCUUUGGAAACACAUGCAUCUUAGUCAACUAAUUUCCCCCUGGUUACUUAGGAUUUGUGGGAUCUCUACUCCCUCUGGACUUUAUGCUGAUUUUUUUUUAAUUUAAUGCAUUGGACUAACUGAAAAUCAGAAACCACUGAAUCUGGUUCUCUAGGUGGGUCAGACUCUAUUCUAGUUUUAGCCAAACUACUACUAACACCCACAGCUAGAGAAAGCAAGAGAAGGAACCAGGACUAGCCUUGGGGCUGUGCCUGCGACAAGAAGUUCUUUUCAGAAGAAAAAAUUUCCAGCUGUGGGUGGUGAAAUAGUGACUCUAAUAAGUUUAAAAAACAAAUGUGGGCUCUUCUUCAACUUGCUAGAGUUUACUUGGAGUUCAGAGCAGUGUUAAAUCGGUGCACUUGAAGGUCAGAUUUGGGUACCAAAUGUCCUCUUUCUUUAUGGAUGGAUGGUUUUGUUUCCUAUGGGAAUUUUGACAGUAGUAUUCUAGCAAGGACAUAUUUCUCAAAGGACUUCUUUCCUUUAUAGUGUUUAUGAAAUGGCUUAUCCGCCCGGCUGGAUCAUAAUGAUACUUGAAAGUUACUUCCUACGACUCUUAUUAUAAAAUGUGAGGUUGCAUGCACUGGAUAUCUGUAUCUUAUUAAGUUUUUUUUAGUUAUGUUAUCUCCUUGAGAGAGAACUUUUAAGAGCAAGCUUAUUUAGACUAAGUAAAUCUUCCUGUACAGAAGACGAAAAUGAAAUGCUAAUAGUUUCCUAAUGAAUAUUUCUGACAUAAAAUUAUCAAGAGCAGUAUAAAUAUAUUUGACAUAGAAAAGAAAGUAUACUUACUAUUGGUAUAAAAUUAUAAAAGUUACUUUCAGAGAGCCUAGUUCUUGGAAACACAAUUUUUUUCAAUCUACUUGGAUUUAAAAUGGAACUAUUUUGGUAUAUACAAUGUGUUGUUUAUUUUUUAAAGUUAUUUAAUGUUAAUAUAUGUCGCUAGACUUAAGAUUUUUCAGGAUAAUAUCUAAUGAACAUUAUUAAAAAUAAUGAUCUUUUAAAAAAUCUAUCUUAGGGUUUAAAAUAUGAUCCUAGAAUUAUAUACCUUAUUAUAGUUUUAUGAAAAUAUCAAAUAGCUAUUAAUACUACUAUAUACUAGGCCUAAAUAUUUUUGUUUAUCUGCAUAUGCAGAUUAAAUAUUAGAAACUAUAGCAACAUUUUGUAAAAUCCUCUAAAUCCGAUAGCUUUGGAUACACUGCUCCUUUCUGCUCUAUCUGGUCAGAGGACACUAGCUGACCUCUUCUUCUGGCUGACCAGCGUGCAUUGUCCCUUGGGGCCCUCACGCCUCUUUGCCUCUUUCUAGCCACGUUUAGAAGUUUGCAUCAUCCAUAUACACUUAGCUUCAUGGGAAGCCUUCACUGCCAGUGGAAAUCUUUUUGACACAGCACAAACCUUGAGUCUGAUUUGAGUUGAUGGCCUCUGCCCUUUGCCCUGCAGCUCUGACUUCUGCUUUCUGGGAUUGCAGAGAGCAGUGGUAAGGCCCAAUAACAUACAAGUGAAGAGAAAGUAAAACCCUUCUUUCUCAUUGGAAAGAUUUUAGGGCUGAGUAAUAGCAAAACUGGUAGAGCACUUGCCUUUCAUGCAACUGACCUGGGUUUGAUCCCCAGCAUUCCAUAUAGUCCCCUAGCACUGCCAGGAGUAAUUCCUAGUGCAGAGCCAGGAGUAAUCUCUGAGCACUGCCGAGUGUGCCCCAAAACAAACUUUAAAAUAAUAAUAAUAGCACUGUAGCACUGUCCUCCAGUUGUUCAUCGAUUUGCUCGAGCAGGCACCAAUAACGUCUCCAUUGUGAGACUUGUUGUUAUUGUUUUUGACAUAUUGAAUAUGCCAUGGGUAUCUUGCCAGGUUUCUGCCAUGUGGAUGGGAUACUCUCGGUAGAUUGCUGGGCUCUAAAAACAUAGAAUAUUUCAUGCUGUUGGCAAAAAAUAAACAGACAUGCAUACCUAUUUUUUAUUUACUAUAUAUGUCAAUAUAUAGUAAAUUUUACAUACAAACCAGAGGUAAAUGCAGCAGUGUAUGUAUGUGUCUGCAUAAAUGCUUAUAGAUUCAUGCAGAUUAACUUGUUAGUGUAUUUAGACAAGUCACAUAUCUCUGUUUCUUUUUUUCUUUCUUCUAAAAUCAGUUGAAUUACUUGAUUUAAAACCUUUUGUCACACUGACCAAUUAUAUUGAUCUAUUCAAUGGUAUUUUUAAAGUCCUUAUUCCAUAUGCACAACAUGCAUCAUCAAAGAUUUGUCCUUAAAAAUGGAGAUUUUAGUUUUUACUGUUAGUUGCCCUACUCGUUUAAUGCUAUUUCUUUUGACACUAUUGAAGGAACCAAUAUUUGAACCUAUUUUGAGGUUAUCUACUUCUAAGAAAGCAAAGAUAAGAUUUUCCAUGCAUAGUUUCUUAAAGUGGUAUUUCCUGCCUACUCCUCCAAACCCCAGAAUUAUGAGCCAAAAAAUGCUAUAGCAAUUACAGAAAACAAUUGAAUCCAGAUCUCUAAAGGGCUCUCUCCAGUAAAAUGGGGAGUUUAAAAAAAAAAGGGAUCAACCACUGUUUCUGAUGAAAUACUUGAGUUUCAUGGAAGUUUUUUUAUGUAUAUAUAUACAUAUAUACAUAUAUAUAUGAAUAAGUUGUCUAAUAGCCUGCACUAUAUUCCACCUAGAAUGAAAUUCUUGCUGGAAUCAUAGCAAUCAAAAAUCAUGGGACACAAAAGACUGAGUUUAGACUAACAAAAACCAAGUUAAAAAGAGUUUAGACAAACCUUGAGUGCUAAGUGCUCCUUUGGGAAGUCUACAGAAUUUAUGUUCAAGAUAUCUUGUUUUGGACAACUUCAUUUUCUUUAACUUUGAUACAAAAUAAUUUUUAUGCUCUGCAGGUUGAUGUCUCUUUAGUUGACAUACUGAUUUGGUUUGAUUUUCCUUAUUUUUUAAAGCAAUUGUCUUUGUAAUCACUCUUUGUGAACUAUGAACAAAUAUAUGAAGAAACUCUUGAAGUGCUGCAAAAUAUAAUGAAGUGUAGAUUAAUGUUUUAUUACUGUUAAAUAUUUGUUAAAAAUUUAAGAACAUUAUAUAAUAAUUAUCUUGGUGGAUAAUAAUAUUUUGUGCAUGAUCUUCUUAUCUUUAACUAUUUCCUCAUUUCCCACUGCAAAGGGGAAAGCAGAUUUUAUGAAUCUUAGUAGUUAAUAUAUUUUAUAAGGUAAAAAUCCAGUGUGGAUGUAGGCAAGUAUGUAUAUUUUGCCUCGUGUUUUAAAAUAAAAUGGUUCCAUCUGGAAAUGUG